GUCGUCAUAGUGUGUCCGGUAUACUCAAGCGACGGACCGAACUUACUCAGUUACUGUUAAAGAUGUUGAUUUAUUGUGGAAUUUUGUUGAUUUUAAUAAUUUUAUUUGCAUUAUCAAAACUUCUAUCGGCAAAGGAAAUAAAGCUAAAAGGAGCUCAUGUAUUGGUAACAGGUGGAUCUAGUGGUAUUGGUAAAGCCCUUGCUAUUGAGGCGGUUAAAAAUGGAGCUAAUGUCACUAUCAUGGCCAGGAAUGAAAAAAAACUAGAAGAUGCAAAAGAAGAAAUAGAAAGUCACAUAAAAGAUAAAGAUGCUCAGAAGGUUUUUUCAACAUCUGUGGACAUAACAAGAAGUGCAGAAAUGGUUAAAGAAGCUGUUAAAAAGGCUGAAAACAAUCUGGGACCAGUUACAAUUCUAAUUAACAAUGCAGGCAGUGCAGUGGCUGGAAAUUUUGAAGACACUUCAUCUGAGCAAUUUCAGCGCAUGAUGGAUUUGAAUUUUCUCGGAGGUGUCAAUGUCACCAAGGCUGCCUUAAAAGGGAUGAAGGACAACAAUGGAGGAAGAAUAGUUUUCAUCUCAUCCCAGGCGGGACAAGUGGGCGUGUUUGGCUACACCGCCUACUCAGCCUCAAAAUUUGCUCUCAGGGGAUUCGCAGAGUCCCUUCAAAUGGAGGUAAAACCAUACAAUAUUUAUGUUACCAUGGCAUUUCCACCUGACACAGACACUCCUGGUCUAGCAGAGGAGAAUAAAUCUAAGCCCAGGGAAACACUGCUCAUAUCAGAUACAGUAGGACUGUUUUCUCCCAGUGAUGUUGCCAAGUCAGUUUUCAAGGAUGCUGUGAAUGGGAAAUUUUUGAGUUACGUUGGUAUGGAUGGCUGGUUGCUUUGCAACUUAUCAAGCGGGAUGUCCCCUGCAACGUCCGUUUUGGAUUUACUUCAGCAGAUAUUCACUAUGGGACUGUUCCGCUUUAUUUGUCAGUUUUAUUUGUUACAUUUUGACCGAAUUAUAAAAAAGUGUAAAGAAGAGAAGCAUGCAAAACCCAAGACAUCAUAAGAUUUCAUAUGUAUCUAAUGGUUUUUUUUAAAACA